CCAAACAAGUACAAACUGUGAAAUGAAGGUUUCUAUUACUUGAAGAAAGCAAGAAAUAAGAUUAACCCCUUUUUUAAAGAAGAAAAUACUCUGUGUAAAUCUGGUGAAUGGGUUAAAAAAAAAAAAUCCAGCCAAUACAUCAAUGUCAUUCUCUCACAAGCUCUGGAGAGAAUAGAGGAGAGUGUGUGCAGACAGAGGCUUAAAGGACAGUGUGUGACAGUCACUGCCACAUACUGACUGAUGAAAGAGUGUGUGUGUGUGUGUGUGUGUGUUGGGCAUGCUUAAUGUCAGUGUGUGGCCUUUUGAUAGACUCAUCUUGUCUUGAAAGAUGUGAUGUCAACAAAUCACAGAUUGCUGGCUCCUCCCCCACCCACCCCCUCCUUUUUGCUCGAGCCAGCUGUGCUGUCUCAGUGGACACACAGCACAUCACCUCUCUCUCUGGUAGUGUCAGCUCUCCCUGGAUCCUGGAGAUUUGCCGGUUUCAUGAUUUAUCACAGUUUUCGUAUAGUUCCUGAUAGGCCUCUUUAAGGUGGACUACCACUGUUUAUAUACUUGAAAAUACGAGACCUCAGCACUUUGAUGCUUUUAAAGGAUUCAGACAGAAGUCAGCAGCAUGAUUUGGAUGUUGGACUCGGGGCAAACUUUUUGGAGCUUCAAAAUGAGUAAGGCGUGUUUCAUCUGAUGUCUGAAGGAUCCAUUGACCUCAUUACUGAACAAUGGGGGAGUCUGCAGCGUGUACUUUGAAACUCUUAUUAUGAAUCAUGGAGGAACACAGUUCAUUUCUGACCUCUGAGUACAAUGACAGCACCACAGUUUGGGCACCGGUGCCCUCAGCUCCCAGCAGACAGCUGGGCACUCUUCCCAGCCCACAGACACGCUUCAAGGACCUGACAGGGAUAGUUUUCAUGGUGACCUUGAAUGUUCUGGCACUUCUGGCCAACACUGCUGUUCUGGUUGUUGUCAUAAAAGCACCUCAUCUCAGGAAAUUCGCCUUUGUGUGCCACCUGUGCGCAGUGGACCUGCUGUGUGCCAUCUUGUUAAUGCCUCUUGGGAUUGUUUCAUGUUCUUCAUACUUUGCUGGUGUGAUGUUCAGUGUACUGCAGUGCCAGGUCUACGUCUUCCUCAAUGUAAUUCUUAUAGCUGCCUCUAUUUUCACCAUCACAGCCAUCAGUGUGGAGCGUUACUACUACAUCGUCCACCCCAUGCGCUACGAGGUCAAGAUGACGCUGAAGCUGACUGCAGCUGUGAUAGUCACAGUGUGGGUGGCCUCUGCUGUGCUCGGGUUGACCACUGUGUUUGGAUGGCCGUCUUACGGCAGCUUGAGCUCCAUCAGCGCCACACACUGCUCACUGCAUUGGAGCUACAGCGAUUACAGACAAGUCUUCUCUGUGCUCUUUACUGUCACAUGUUUUUUCCUGCCUGCUGUUGUGAUUUUUGCUGUGUACUGUAAUGUGUACAAAGUGGCCCGUGUGGCUGCCCGCCAGCAUGGACCUCUGCCCUUGUGGACAAACAGUCAACUGAAGCAUCGUUCUGACUCAAUAAACAGCCAGACUACCAUCAUCACAACCCGCAACGCCCCACGUAGGAUUAUGCGUGACCGGCCUUUUGGUGGAGGUAAAGCUGCUCUCACUCUGGUGGUUAUUGUUGGCCAGUUUCUUAUCUGCUGGCUGCCUUACUUUGCCCUCCACCUCCAUUUCAUUCUAGACACAACACAUGCGGUUCCCCAUGACCUGGAGGAAACAGUCAUCUGGCUGGCAUAUUCCUCCUUUGCGAUGAAUCCAUUUUUUUAUGGGCUUCUCAACCGUCAGAUCAGGGAGGAACUUUGUAAGCUGAGGCGCUGCUACUCGGCACGACCCGUAGAGCUGCCUGUCUCCAGCCAUGAGGGCUCGGGCCAUGAGAACUUCCUGCAGUUCCUCCAUAGGACCAGUUGCACAAUAGAGACACGAGCAAGCCUCACCACAUCCAGUCCAAGAAGCACUCUAGAUCAAACUGAACACGCUGGUUUCAGGAUACCAGGACAGAUCCCAGAAGAGUUCAGUUAGAUAUACCUCACUGUUGUGUGACAUCACUAGUAGCCUGCAGGACUAUGACAGUCUGUAAACUGUAUUUGCAUACGGUAAAAGCAGCAAGAAACACUUUUAUUUUAAGAUUUAAUACCAGGAUAGAAAUUUAAUGGACAGUUUCUUAAAUGAUGGUUAGUUUGAUUUUGGUGAAACUAGUAGCAAUAAAAUUAUACUUUAUUUUUAAUAGCUACUAAAGCAUAGUUACUGCAGUGCAUCAGUUUCAUUAAAAAGUAAUGAAUACCAAUAUCAGAUCAUACUUGAAUAGUAAGUCAUGACAAUAUAAUCAGUAGUGAAAAAGUGAGCAAUCAAGACCACGACUAAGACUACAUGUAUUUACAUGAGGUAUCAACAUAGCAGCAAUAUUAUUUGUACAUGUAAUUCAGUGUGGUCAUGUUGUAUUUACGUUGCAGGAAUUUAUGUAAACUUUAUUUAUUGUACUCAAGAGACACAUCACUUUUUGUUCAAAGAUGUAUUGUUUUCUUAUUGCUUUAAAUGUAAAAAAUAAACACUGGUUACUUUAAUGCUUUACAUAUAUCAUAGCAAGAAAGCAUUUCAUGAUAGCAAGCUAUGUUUACUAUGUAAGUUGCUUUGGAUGCUUUGGAAGUGUUCCAGCUAAAUGCUUUCAAAUGUAGAAGUGAAAUUAUGCUGUCUCUCUCUGAUCACCAGAAAGCUCUAAAAGGCGACAUAUGCAACAGUGACAAGGUACCUUGUGUACCUUCUCUGUAUAUGCUUGACCUUUUGUGAGCUUUGACUCAACAAGCCUGCGACUAAGACUGAGCCCAGUUAACAUACGAUUAUAUAAGGCAAAAAUGCCAUUUCAUAACAGAUGAAGUGGUUGCCCCUAAUACCCCCUUGAUAUUUGUUCACUGACAGAUUAACAACAACAAAAAUGAUAUUUCCAUACAUUUAGAGAUUACACAUAGAGAGUGUGAUCUACUUGCCGCACCAUGCAGAUAAAAUACUGCAUAUAUCUUGUUAAACUAGGCUAAUCAUUAAUAUUCUUUACAGGUCAAUCAAUGAAGACAGAUCAUAAAUGUCUGUGGUAAAUAUGUGGAAUAUGAAGCUCUCCCACGCAGAUUAGAUUCAAGGGACAGACUUUGGAUAGACAGGCAAAUGAAGAUGAGGAUGCUGAGCUACAUUUUCACUAAUCCUGUAAACACCAAUUGGAGAUAUACACAGAAAAUCAGAUGACAUAUAAAUAAAUUAAAUGGAAAAAAAUGAAAAAAUAACCCCUGCUGCCUGUCAGUGUAAAACGGAAAUAACAAAAGGCUUGACAACUAUUAAAGACAAUGUACUGAUAGGCAGGAGAAAAGACAUCCAAUACACACACACACGCACACACA